AUGGGAGGCAAGAAAGCUGCUGGUGAGAACUCCAAGAAGGUUGCUGGCAAUGCCCGCAAAGCCGAGGCUGCCGCUGGAAAGAAGGCUCAAUCGGACGCCAAGGUUGCCGUGGAGGAAGAGAAGCAAUGGUCCAAGGGAUCCAAGAGCAACGCUAAGAAGGAAGAUGCCGAUGCCAAGAAGGCCGAUGCUGCCCGCAAGAAGGCCGAACGCGAUGCCAUGCUCGCCGAAGAAGAAGCCUCCCAACCAUCCAAAGCUAAGGGUGCCGGCGCAAAGACUGCGCAAAAGAAGUCUCGUGGCCUCGACCUUGGCCAACUCGAUGACACCCCAAGUGGCAAGCCGGGCUCUCUCAAUGCCUCCGGUAUCGACAAUGCCUUAGAUGCUCUUUCGUUGACAGGCAAGGACACUUCGAAGGUCGAGAAGCACCCGGAGCGACGAUUCAAGGCCGCCUUUGCUGCUUUCGAGGCCCGCCGUCUACCCGAGAUCGAGGAGGAGAACCCUGGCCUGCGCCGACAACAGCGUAUUGAUCUGUGCCGGAAGGAAUUCGAAAAGAGCGAGGAAAACCCCUUCAACCAGGUGCACGUCAAGGUCAAUGCGACCAAGGAAGAAAUUUCCCAGAUGCGGGACCAGGAGCGUUCGAAGACUGAGGCCAGACUUGGAAGAUAA